GGUCACUUCCUGUACCAAGGGUCGUUUCCGGAGGGUGGCAGUCAUUCAGUUUGUUGACAUCGUAUUGUUUACCACGUUCCCGCUAUGACAGUUGUCAGCAUACAGUUAUAAGAUAUGGCCAACAAGAAAAAAGCUGACCUGAAGGUCAUCAUCAUGGGUGACUUUGCAGUUGGGAAAACUUCACUCAUCUGUCGAUACAUUGAAGGGAAAUUCAAAACCCAGGAACCGACAAUUGGAGCUGCCUUCUUCCUGAAACAGUGGGGCCCCUACAACGUGGCCGUGUGGGACACCGCAGGAGAUGAGCGCUACACCGGCCUCUCCAACUUCUACUGCCGUAAUGCUGGAGUUGCCAUCCUGGCGUAUGAUAUAUCCAGUGACAAGUCAUUCGAGUCUCUAUGGGCCAGAUUCAACCCCUUACUUUCUGCUGCACAUGAAGAUUGCCUGAAAGUUGUAGUUGGAACCAAGCUUGAUCAGGUCACACCAACAUCUCGCGCAGUUACCAUUGAGGAAGGUCUAAAGUUAGCACAGGAACUCAACGAACACCUGGAUGUUUCAAAACUGCCAAAAUGCCCAUACUUCGAGACCUCCAGCUUGACUGGCCACAAUGUGAAGGACUUGUUUGAGUGUAUAUUUCAGUACCGGCUCCCAAUCAAUGACACAGACAAAGCCAGACAGGUCAACGACACGGUGGAUCUGUACGAGACUGGCAGCUCCGGGUCAAAGAAGGGUGGUUGUUGUUGAUGCUAUUGGCUAUAUGUAUGCACUUAAAUGUUGUCACACAUGCUGUGUAUGUGUGGGGUCACUCAGCCAUAUUGUGUGAAUGUGUGACAUCACUCGGCCAUAUUGUGUGACGUUACUCAGCCAUAUUGUGUGUAUGUGUGACGUCACUCAACCAUAUUGUAUGUCUGUGUGAUGUCAUUCAACCAUAUUUUGUGACUUCACUCAGCCAUAUUGUGUGUAUGUGUGAUGUCACUCAGCCAUAUUGUGUGUAUGUGCGAUGUCACUCAGCCAUAUUGUUUGUAUGUGCGAUGUCACUCAGCCAUAUUGUAUGUAUGUGUGAUGUCAUUCAACCAUAUUUUGUGACUUCACUCAGCCAUAUUGUGUGUAUGUGUGACGUCACUCAAACAUAUUGUGUCUGUGUGACAUCAUUCAACCAUAUUUUGUGACUUCACUCAGCCAUAUUGUGUGUAUGUGCGAUGUCACUCAGCCAUAUUGUGUGUAUGUGUGAAGUCACUCAGCCAUAUUGUGUGUAUGUGUGAUGUCACUCAGCCCUAUUGUAUGUGUGAUGUCACUCAGCCAUAUUGUGUGUAUGUGUGAUGUCACUCAGCCCUAUUGUGUGUAUGUGUGAUGUCACUCAGCCAUAUUGUGUGUAUGUGUGAAGUCACUCAGCCAUAUUGUGUGUAUGUGUGAUGUCACUCAACCAUAUUUUGUGACGUCACUAUGCCAUAUUGUGUGCAUGUGCGAUGUCACUCAGACGUCCCCUAACCAUGUCUUGAUCACUUGGGUGACGUCACUCGGUCAUAUUUCUUUACUUGUGUUGAAGAAGCAUAGCGUAUUGUGUCAUGUAUCUCAGCCAUAUUGUGGAUUCUUGGGUGACGUCACUCAGCUGUCGUGUGUAUUUGUGUCAUGACAUGCAGUCACAGUGUGACAUCAGACUGCUGCUUCCUACUAUCGACAUGAAACUUGUGUCACUGAUAAAAUCUGGCAUAAACUGUUGUAGUUGAAUAAAGUUUUAAUUGACACAUA